UUAUCUCAAAAACCCAUAUUGAAAUUGAUUGCCUUUUUGUUCUUUUUCCCACAAACUGCCAUGCAAUUCAAGAUUCGCGUCUUCAAUAUAAGAACAUUUCCCAGGACCCUUCUUUUCCACAGGAACAUCACCAUUAAAAAAUUGCCAGCUAAUGAAGAUUCAGAAUUUGCUAAGUUGGGUUUCUCUCAUUUUCCUCAUCAGCCAGGGCCAAUCCCAUUCAACGCAAAAACAUCCUAUUUUAGAUGAUAAUCUCACAAUCGAAAGCUUCAUCCACAAAACUCUCCAAUGGAGGAAAAAUACUCUUCACCUGUUAAAGUUGCAGGGGAACAGACUGGAGCUAUCAACCUCCACAGUGGUAGCAGCAGUGUUGAGCUUCGUAGCUGCCUCCAUAUCCAGUGCGGGAGGCAUUGGUGGGGGAGGGUUGUUUAUUCCCAUUCUCACCCUCGUGGGUUGUUUAGACCUCAAAACUGCCUCUAGUUUCUCAGCUUUCAUGGUGACGGGAGGGUCAGUUGCAAAUCUUAUGUUUAACUUGGGUGCCCAAAGUGCGAUGUUUGGGGGUAAGUCUUUGAUUGACUAUGAUAUAGCACUUUUGUCGGAGCCAUUCAUGUUAUUAGGCGUCAGUGUGGGAGUAGUUUGCAACCUUGUGUUACCAGAGUGGUUGAUCACCAUCAUGUUUGCCGUUUUCCUCGUUUGGUCUACCAUUAAGACUUGUGGAAACGGGGUCAGGCUUUGGAAAAAGGAAUCGGGUCGACAUUUAGGAACCUUAGAUGGGUACGGAGAACUGGAAAAUGGUGAAAGCGGCGAGGUUAAGAGUCUAAAAGAACCUUUGGUGGGUACGGAAGAUAAAGAAAGUAGUAGCAGGUUUCCAUGGAAGAAACUGAUGGUCUUAAUUAUGGUCUGGUUUUCCUUCUUUGCCAUCUAUCUCCUUCGUGGGAAUCGCUAUGGACAGGGUGUCAUACCACUGAAGCCUUGUGGAAUAGGAUAUUGGUCUCUCUCCUUGCUUCAAGUUCCCCUCGCCAUAGCUUUUACUGCAUGGAUCCUUUGCAGGAAAGAGUCCAUUGCAGGCCAAGGUCCAAAUCAGCAGGGGGUGGUUAACAAGCUAAUUUUCCCCUUAAUGGCUCUAAUGGCUGGGGCCUUGGGUGGAGUUUUUGGAAUCGGAGGUGGCAUGCUUAUAAGCCCACUUCUUCUUCAAGUUGGAGUAGACCCCGAGGUGACAGCAGCUACAUGUUCUUUCAUGGUUUUCUUCUCAUCCACGAUGUCUGCAUUCCAGUACUUAUUGUUGGGCAUGGAGCACACCGGCACUGCCCUUAUAUUUUCGGUUAUUUGUUUCAUUGCAUCGCUUCUUGGGCUGGUGGUGGUGCAGAAGGCCAUAGAACGGUUCGGAAGGGCAUCCCCAAUUGUGUUCUCAGUUGGUACAGUCAUGGCUCUGAGUGCCAUUUUGAUGACUACCUUUGGAGCUCUUGAUGUUUGGGACUACUCAUCAGGAAAUUACAUGGGAUUCAAACUCCCUUGUUGAAAAUCAAAUUUUGAAGACCUGUUUGAAUAGCCAACCGCGUUUUAUUUUAACUUUGUAAUCGAGAGGUAGAAGAUUAAAAACCUUACUGUGUUUACAAGAA